AUGAUAAUAGAGCAACCGGGAUCGAAAUCACGGUUGUUUCCGAACAACGGCGCAACGAACUUCCGGAAAUCGAACGGUUACCCGCCUCGUCCGAGAAAGACGACGAGCGGCGUGUCGUAUUUGGAGAUGAGGAAAUUGGAUUAUACGCGGUCGCUUUCGCAAGGGCACGGCAAGAAGAUGUUCCGUUAUUUCACUAACGAGUCGCUGCUUCUGCUCGUCUGCCUGACGGUAUCGCUGAUCAUACUGCCGCUAGUGCUGCCGCCGUUGCCGCCGCCUCCGCUGAUGCUGCUUUCGGUGCCCAUUUUCAUUCUGGCGCUGCUUAUGGUGCUGGCGUUUAUGCCUUUUGGCGGCGGUGGUGGUGGUGGUGUCAGAGAAGUAACUCAGGCGUGUGGCUAA